GUCAACCUUAACCCAAUUAAUGCGCCAACUUAGCUUUACCCCUUAAUUAAGAUGAACUAGGAGGAUGUUACAAGUUGUAUGACUGUUAGAUUUAUCUAAGCCCAACUAAAAUUCAGUUGUGGGUUAGGAAAGAGAAGAGUGUGCCUGCCUCACAACCGUAAUCUGCGCAAAGGAUCUGCGCUUCUAAACUUUCGUUCCGUCAUAUGAGCACAUUACCCAGAGUUUAGCAUUUAAAUAUUGAAAACAAGAGAAGCAGGGGGGGCAAUAGUGAUGGUAAUGGCAGUCUCGACGAUAUAUUCGUUUAUAAAUACCCCUCUCUCUGUCUCAUCUCCUCCUCUUCUCUUCUUCCCCCUCAAGACCCCAUCAACAGAACUAAUAUUGUUAUCUAUCUCUCUCAUAGUUUCAUUUCCAGCAAAGCUACUUAUCCGGUAUCGCCACGAUCGUCUUCAAGUAUGACCGAUCGCUUCAACUAGACUUAACACUCAGUAUCUCCAAGAGAGACAUUUUAGCGACGCGAGAUUCAGAUCACAAGAUGCUAUAAGGGCCAAUCCCGGGACCAUGAAGCGCAUUAUACGAGACUUUGGUCGCUCGCGACCAAACUUUCAACUCAUGGUUGCUGCUGUGGAGAAAGCACUGAAGUUCAGGUUCCCUCCCGCUCUCACGGAUGACACAGAUGUUGAUGGCUACUUGACCGUGUCUACACUCAAGCAGGAGGAUGAUGAAGACUUGGUGACAUAUUUCAAGCGUGCACAGUUGGCGCUCCGGGCGGCUGGUGGGACUGAUGUGCCUCGUGAUUCCGACACGUCCAUGAUUGCUUCAAGUGCUGGUAGCCUGCCGCUCAUUGAACAAAAUGCCAUCAGGAUGGUGAUCAGGUAUUUUGUGGAUGGUCUGAGUGAUGGGGGAAGGGAUUAACGCGCGAGAGCGAUACCACAUCGAUAUACUAUCUCUUCAAUGUGGCGAAAUACGCCGU